AUGAGUGUACCAUUCGGUUUAGAUUUAGGUAAUAAUAGUUCUGUUUUAGCUGUUGCCAGAAACAGAGGUAUCGAUAUUGUCGUAAAUGAAGUUUCAAACAGAGCUACUCCAACUGUUGUUGGCUUCGGUCCUAGAAACAGAUUCUUAGGUGAAGCUGGUAAGAAUAAGGAAACCUCUAAUAUUAAAAACACUGUCGGUAAUCUGAAAAGAAUUAUUGGUUUGGAUUACGAUCACCCAGAUUUUCCUACUGAAGCUAAAUUUUUUUCUUCUAAAUUGGUCAAAUUGGAAGAUGGUAAAAUUGGUACUAAAGUUAGAUUUGCCGGUGAACAAAAGACAUUCUCUGCUACACAAUUAGCUGCCAUGUUCAUUGACAAAGUUAAGCAAACCGUUUUGGAUGAUAACAGGGGCGCCAACCUUACCGAUGUUUGUGUCGCUGUUCCAGCCUGGUACUCUGAGGAACAACGUUACGCUAUUUCAGAUGCUGUUAAAAUCGCUGGUUUGAAUCCAGUUAGAAUUGUCAAUGAAGUCACAGCUGCUGGUGUCUCCUAUGGUGUUUUUAAAUCUGAUUUACCAGAAGGUGCUGAAGCUAAACCAAGAACUGUUGCUUUGAUUGAUAUUGGUCAUUCCUCUUAUACUUGUUCCAUCGCUUCCUUCAAAAAGGGUGAAAUGAAAAUUUUGGGUACUGCCUACGAUAAACAUUUUGGUGGUAGAGAUUUUGAUCGUGCCAUCACUGAACAUUUUGCUGAUGAGUUCAAAGAUAAGUACAAAAUUGACAUCAGAGAAAAUCCAAAAGCCUACAACAGAAUUUUACUUGCAUCUGAAAAAUUGAAAAAAGUUUUAUCUGCCAACACCACUGCGCCAUUUAAUGUUGAAAGUGUUAUGAACGAUGUUGAUGUUUCAUCUCAAUUAACUCGUGAAGAAUUAGAAGAAUUGGUUAAACCAUUGUUGCAACGUGUCACUAAACCAAUUGACCUUGUUUUAGCCCAAGCCGGCUUGACCAAGGAUGAUAUUGAUGUUGUUGAAAUUAUUGGUGGUACUACUCGUAUCCCUGUUUUGAAGAAUUCCAUCUCUGAAGCCUUUGGUAAACCAUUGUCCACUACUUUAAAUCAAGAUGAGGCUAUUGCUAAAGGUGCCGCCUUUAUUUGUGCCAUUCAUUCACCAACUGUUAGAGUUCGUCCAUUCAAGUUUGAAGAUAUUUCUCCAUACUCUGUCUCUUACUUUUGGGACAAACAAGUUGAGGACGAGGAUCAUUUAGAAGUUUUCCCAGCCAAAUCCUUAUAUCCAUCCACUAAAUUGAUUACCUUAUAUCGUACUGGUGAUUUCAACAUGGAAGCUAGAUAUACCAAUCCAAAAGAACUGCCAACGCAUAUCAAGGAGACUAUUGCAAAAUGGAAUAUUACUGGUGUUGUUCCAGUUGAAGGUGAAGAUUCCAUUGCUUGUAAGAUUAAGUUGAGAGCUGAUCCAUCUGGCUUUCACAUCAUUGAAGAAGCUUAUUCUAUACAUGAUAUUGAAGUGGAAGAGGAAGUUCCAGCUGAAAAUGAAGGCGAAGAACCAACUUAUAAAAAGGUUAAGAAGACUGUCAAGAAGGAUGACUUGGUUAUCGUCGCUAAGACCUUUGCUUUAGAUGAAAAAACUUUGAAUUUAUUAAUUGAAGAAGAAAAUGCCAUGACUGCCCAAGACAAAUUGGUUGCAGAAACUGAAGAUAAGAAGAAUGCUUUGGAAGAAUAUAUCUACACUUUACGUGGAAAAUUGGAUGAGGAGUAUUCUCCAUUUGCUUCUGAAGCUGAAAAGAAAAAAUUGCAUGACAUGUUAAACAAAACUGAAGAAUGGUUAUACGACGAAGGCGAUGACUCUACUAAGGCCAAAUAUAUUGCCAAAUAUGAAGAAUUAGCCUCUUUGGGUAAUGUCAUUAGAGGUCGUUAUUUAUCUAAGGAAGAGGAAAAGAAACAAGCUUUAAGGGCUAAGCAAGAAGCUUCACAAAUGUCUGCUUUGGCUGAAAAAUUGAAGGCUCAAAGAAAAGAGGAAAAUGAUAAUAAAAAGAAUGGAGAUGCUGAUGUUGACAUGGAUUGA